AUGGCGGGCCCAACAGAUGCGGCCAACGGCCACACCAAUGGCACCUCAAAACUCGACAAUCGCACAGUUCCACCACUGGGCAUGACCAGUUCGCAAUUCCUCGAAGCCGGAAGCUCAGUAUUGAAAGACAUAGAAGAAUACUACACCAAUCUACACUCCCGACCUGUCGUGGCCCAGAUCGAACCAGGUUACCUCUCCAAACUCCUCCCUGCUUCACCUCCCACAGAAGGCGAAACAUGGAAAGACAUAGAGAGAGACAUCGAGACCAAGAUCAUGCCUGGAGUAACUCAUUGGCAGCAUCCCAAGUUCAUGGCCUAUUUUCCUGCCAGUAGCACAUAUCCUGGAAUUCUCGGGGAGAUGUGGAGUGCUGCAUUGACGGCGCCUGCGUUCAAUUGGAUCUGUUCCCCUGUUGUGACAGAGCUGGAGACGCAUGUCCUAGACUGGAUAGCUCAGAUCAUUGGUUUGCCAGAGGCAUUCCACUCAAAGAGCACCGGUGGUGGCGUAAUACAAGGUUCCGCGAGCGAGGCCAUCGUCACAGUCAUGAUUGCAGCGCGAGAACGCUUCGUGAGACGACAAAUCGAACAAGAAGGCCUUACAGACCCCGAAGAAAUCGAAGAUAGAAGUUGCGAGAUCAGAAGCCGACUCGUCGCACUCGCAAGCGAUCAAGCCCACUCUUCAAGCCAGAAAGGUUCAAACAUCGCAGGCACACGCUUCCGAAGCCUGCCCACCAGACACGGCGACGCCUACGCCCUACGAGGUCACGACCUGAGGAAGAAGCUCCAAGACCUCGAAUCGAAGGGCCUCCAUCCCUACUACCUCACCAUCUCCCUCGGCGCCACCAGCGUCUGCGCCGUCGACGCCUUCGCUGAAAUCGCAGAAGUAGCAAAAGACUACCCGAACCUCUGGAUCCACGUCGACGCCGCCUACGCUGGCGCCGCUCUCGUCCUGCCGGAAAACCACCAUUACUCCACCUCCCUCUCCUUCGUCGACUCCUUCGACUUCAACAUGCACAAAUGGCUCCUCACCAACUUCGACGCCUCAUGUCUCUACGUCCAGAACCGCAACUCCCUCACCUCCGCCCUGGGGAUCACACCGCACUACCUCAAGAAUGAGUUCUCAGAAAGCGGACUCGUGACGGAUUACCGCGACUGGCAGAUACCUCUCGGUCGAAGAUUCCGUGCGCUGAAAAUUUGGUUCGUGGUUAGGACGUUUGGUGUCAGAGGAUUACAAGAACAUAUCCGCCACCACCUCGCUCUCGGGGACCUCUUUGCAGAUCUUGUGCGGUCCCGUCCGGACCUCUUCAAAAUCCUCUCCCCUCCAUCCUUCGCCUUGACAGUAAUAACCGUCAACCCACGCAAAUCAUCCCCCUUACAUCUCACGAACGGUGCGCAAGGGUCGGAUCCUAGGCCUUUCGAGGAGACACAGAGUGUCAUCGAUCCGAAGACAAAUGGCGAUGUCGAUCUCAAGGCGGGCAACGAAGUAACGGAAAAAGUUUUCACGAUCAUUGACAAGCAGAAGGAGUUCUUCUUGACGUCGACAGUGGUGGAUGGAGUUUAUGCUAUCAGGAUUGUGUCGGCGAAUCCGCUGGCUGAGGAGAGGUAUGUCAGGCAGGUGUUUGAGAGGCUUGUUGAGACGGCGGAGGCGGUGUUGGACGGUUAA